UUUGGCCACUUAUACGUGGCACAAAGGUUGUGUGCAGUUUGAACCUCCACGAGUCCAACCUUUCCACCCCCAAAAUCCUAUAUUAAUCUUUCAUUUUCUUUCUCGAUCAUCGAAAACACCCACCCCUCAUUUCGUGUACUGAUUUCUGGACAAACUUCCAAUUUUCUUUCUUAUCGUGUUUGUCUUUUUUCAUCUUCAAAAUCCCAAUUUCCCUGUUCCUCAAUUUUGAAGCGUUUUGAUUCUGAAAUAUCAGAGAGGAACAGAAAAGGAAAGAGAGAUGGAGAACAGUACCUUGACUGGCUUGUUGAAGAAAGCAGCUUCUGAAUUUCCUCACCGCCGGGCUCUCUCAGUCGCCGGAAAGUUAGACCUGACUCAUGAGCGGUUGCAGGAGCUCAUCGAACAUGCCGCCUCUCGCUUGGUGGAUGCCGGUGUUAAUGCCGGGGAUGUGGUGGCGCUCACCUUCCCCAAUACUGUUGAGUUUGUGAUCACGUUUUUGGCCAUAAUCCGCUGCCGAGCCACCGCUGCACCAUUGAAUUCGGCUUACACGGCUGAGGAGUUCGAGUUUUACUUAUCGGACUCGGAAUCGAAACUACUCCUUACAUCGAAGGAAGGAAUUCCAUCGGCACAAACCGCCGCAUCGAAGCUCAAUAUUCCUCAAGUAAAUGUGAAUCUGGCGAGCGGCGAUGCAUUUCUCGAUUUCUUUCCGGCCCCAAGCGAAUCGAAGGUGAAUAUGGCGGAAAUCGUUAACGAUCCGUCCGACGCUGCACUAUUCCUUCACACCUCCGGCACCACCAGCCGGCCGAAGGGCGUACCGCUAACUCAACAAAACCUCGCCGCUUCUGUUCAGAACAUCAAAUCGGUGUACAAACUCUCUGAGUCCGACUCGACCGUACUCGUUCUUCCGUUGUUUCACGUUCACGGACUAAUGGCGGGAUUGCUAUCAUCACUGAUCUCCGGAGCUGCUGUGACUCUUCCAGCUGCCGGACGCUUCUCUGCUUCAACGUUUUGGUCCGAUAUGGUCGCCUAUAACGCGACGUGGUACACUGCGGUCCCUACGAUUCACCAAAUCAUACUCGACCGCCAUUUCAGUAAGCCUGAACCGUCGUAUCCAAAGCUCCGGUUUAUUCGGAGCUGUAGCGCGUCGCUUGCACCAUCGAUUUUGGAACGAUUGGAAAAAUCAUUCGGAGCUCCGGUUCUCGAGUCUUACGCGAUGACCGAAGCGUCGCAUCUAAUGGCGUCCAAUCCGUUACCGGAGGACGGCGUGCACAAAGCCGGAUCGGUAGGGAAGCCGAUCGGUCAAGAAAUGGCGAUUCUGGACGAGAACGGCGUGAUACAACCGGAAGGUGUUAAAGGAGAAGUGUGCAUUAGAGGACCAAAUGUGACGAAGGGAUACAAAAACAAUCCAGACGCUAACAAGGCCACCUUCUCAUUCGGAUGGUUCCACACCGGCGAUAUCGGGUUCUUCGACUCCGACGGAUACUUGCAUCUCGUCGGCCGGAUCAAGGAGCUCAUUAACCGUGGAGGUGAGAAGAUCUCUCCAAUCGAAAUAGACGCCGUGCUUCUUUCUCACGCCGACAUUGCUCAGGCCGUCGCCUUCGGAGUCACCGACGAAAAAUACGGCGAAGAGAUCAAUUGCGCCAUAAUUCCGAGGGAGGGAAGCUCGAUCGACGAAGCGGAGGUGCUGCGAUUUUGCAAGAAAAACCUUGCGUCCUUCAAGAUUCCGAAGAAGGUGUUCAUCACGGAUUUCUUACCGAAAACUGCUUCCGGAAAGAUCCAACGCCGAUUCGUGGCAGAGCAUUUUGUUAGCGCCAAAGCUUGAUCCGAACUGUAUGGUUUUUCAAGGAUUUGGAAUAGUUUUUAUGCAAUUAAUGGUGUGUUUGGAAGUUCGGCGAGGUUUGGGAAUCGCGUGAACCAGUGGACUGAGUCCCGAUGAUGAUGACGUGUUCCCAUCGUGGGGAAUUGGGGAAUUGGAAAAUUGUAAUAAUGUUGUUUUUAUAUUUCAACCAAAAUGAAAAUAAGAUAGUUUUUCUUUUAAAUA